AUGAAAACCUACCCAGGCCACAAAUACACAAACUCAAGGGUCGUAUCAAUCCCAUACGAUCCAUACCUCGGGCCCUCAUGCCUCGGAAGUGGCACCGGAAAAGCACCCCUCGGCCUUACCCACUGCCGGUCGACCCGCAGAUUUGACAACUAUCGGAUCGCACCGACACCCUUCACCCCCUCCAUAAUGCAACUUCCCCUAAUGAAUAAUUGGAAAUCCUUACUUAUUGACAAGUACGAUGGUACAACAGAUCCUGAUGAACAUUUGGAUGUUUUUCUAACGCAGUUCACCAUUCAGUUUGCAACAAGUCGUCCUCACAGCUUGACGUCCCUGUCGCUGGUCGGCCUCCGGCAAGACAAGAAGGAGUCACUCCGAGCUUUUAUGGAACGGUUCAACAAGGCAACCUUAGAAAUCCGGGAUCUCAAUCCGGCGGUAGCGCUCCACCACCUCACAACAGCUUUGAAACCCGGACCGUUUGUUAACAGCAUCUGCAAAAAACCUCCUUCGGAUAUGAAUGACCUACGAAGGAGAGCCGAUAAAUACAUGCAGAUGGAAGAGCUAGCUGAGUUCCGUAACCAAGCCCGAGCCGAACCAGGGGGAAAACCCGAGAAGACUGCAGAACAACCAUACAGGGGGCGCGGUAAAGAGAUAGCUCUUCGGGACCGACCCACUCGAGGACCGAAAUAUUCCCAUUAUACUCCCCUUAAUGCGAGCCGAGCCGCAGUACUUGAGCAAGCUUUGGCAUCAGAAGUGUUGGCAGUCCCGAAGAGGGCGUCCACUCCACCCCGUGCUGACACUAAUAAAUCGUGCAGGUAUCAUCGCAACCGCGGGCACUCUACCGAAGAAUGCGCAGCGUUGAGAGAUAAAAUCGAGGAUUUGAUUAAACAGGGGCAACUCAGAAAUUUCGUGGAUCGGCCAAACUCAUCUCGACAUCAACCCGCGUAUCAAGCUCGCCGACAAGAUAGGCCCGAGCAAUCAGGUGAGCGCCGCCGUGAACGUAGCCGGUCAAGGGAGCGAAAAGAAGAACCUCAUACGACACACUGGCGGGUAAUCAACACGAUUGCCGGAGGUUUCACAGGGGGCAGAUCAAAUUCAUCAGCUCAAAAGAGACAUCUACGGGCUGUCAGAUCAGUUAACGCUAUUGAACGACGGUCGGUUCGGCGACUGCCCGCCAUUACAUUUACUGACGAGGAUUUCCAAGGCAUUGAUCCGAUUCAGGAUGAUCCUAUGGUCAUCAGUGUGGAGAUACGUAAUUGUAUUGUCAAGCUCAUAGAUCAGGGUAGUUCGGCUGACAUUUUGUAUUGGAACACGUUUAAACAGCUCGGCAUAUCCGAAGAAGAGUUGACCCCUUACACUGAACCACUGGUCGACUUUGCAGGAGAAAGAGUUGACACCAAGGGAUCCAUCAAACUCUCUACUCGCUUCUGCUUCGACAAAGGAGAGCAUCGAGAUGUCCAGGUGAAAUAUAUUGUAGUCCAAGCCAACACAUCUUAUAACAUACUGCUAGGUCGGCCAUCAUUGAACGCUUUGGGGGUGAUUGUGUCAACACCUCACCUGGCUAUGAAGUUCCCAUCGGACAAAGGAAGCAUUCUCAUGAUACAUGCCGACCAAAAGGCAGCUCGGGAAUGCUACUUUGCGAGUUUACGUAUACAACCUGUGCAAGAGAAGCAGACUAAGUUCAGGAGAGUUCAUGCGGUCACUCCUUCCUCGGAAUGGGCUUCACAAUGUGACCUCGACCCAAGAAUGAAUGAUGAAAGGGCUGAACCAAUAGAAGAAAAGGUCCCAAUACAAAUCGGAUCACAACCAUCCCAGGUCACAUACAUCGGUGUCAAUUUGACAGACACCGAAAGGCUAGACUUGAGCCAAGUAAUUGCAUCGAACAAGGAUCUGUUCGCCUGGACGCCGUCAGACAUGCCAGGAAUCGAUCUGAACUUUAUGUGCCAUAAAUUGUCAAUUUGCCCGAAUGCCAAACCAAUCGCACAACGGAAGAGGAAGAUGGGAACGGAGAGAAAAACUGUCGUUGAAUCGGAGGUGGCCAAGCUCUUGCAAGCCCGUUUCAUUAGGGAAGUGCAGUACACCACCUGGCUAGCAAAUGUAGUCAUGGUCAAAAAACCCAACGGCAAAUGGAGAAUGUGUACAGAUUACACUAAUCUUAAUAAGGCUUGUCCAAAGGACGCCUACCCGUUACCCAGCAUUGACCGAUUGGUAGAUGGGGCAGCAGGACAUCGUUUAUUGACCUUUUUGGAUGCCUAUUCGGGCUACAAUCAGAUCCGCAUGCACCCACAAGAUGAAAACAAGACAGCCUUUAUCACUGACUCGACAAAUUAUUGCUAUCGGGUAAUGUCGUUUGGAUUGAAAAACGCAGGAGCAACGUACCAGCGGCUUAUGGACAAAAUCUUUAGGCAUCAGAUCAGCAAGAAUUUAGAGGUUUAUGUUGACGAUAUGGUAGUUAAAUCAGAUGACCUUUACACCCACAAAAGUGAUCUUGUCGAGGUUUUCAAACAGCUCCGAAAGCACGACAUGCGGCUGAACCCUGAAAAAUGUGUCUUCGGCAUAGCGGGAGGAAAAUUUCUCGGAUUUAUGCUAUCCACUAGAGGUAUUGAAGCCAAUCCGGAUAAAUGUCAGUCGGUGAUUGGCAUACGAAGCCCGAAUAGCAUUAAGGAAGUUCAAGUUUUAUCCGGACGACUUACAUCCCUCUCUCGAUUCCUUCCUUGCCUUGCAAAGGUAACAAAACUCAUCGUUAGAUUGUUGAAAAAGGCUAGCAAGUUUGUAUGGACAGCGGAAUGUGAAGAAUUGUUCCUAUCCCUCAAACAGCGACUCGGCACACCUCCCAUACUCUCAAAACUCGACCCAGGUCUUGACAUGAUCGUCUACUUGUGCGUCUCCAAUGAAGCGAUCAGCGCGGUCCUUGUGCAAGAGAAAGAAUCCCAAAAACCGGUGUACUUUGUGAGUCGAAUGCUACAAGACGCCAAAAGAAGAUACCAACUUCUUGAGAAGAUGGCCCUCGGCUUGGUCCAUAUAGCGCGACGACUUCGGCAAUAUUUUCACAGCCAUAGGGUUAUCGUUCGGACUGACUGUCCAAUUGCCAAAGUCCUACGAAAACCCGAGCUAGCAGGACGGAUGAUGGCUUGGUCCAUAGAAUUAUCCGAAUCUGACAUAGCAUUUGAACCUAGAGGCCCGAUCAAAUCUCAAUGUUUGGUCGACUUCGUUAAUGAGUUGCAACCAGUAGGUCAUUUUGAAAGUGAUCAGUGGACACUUCGUGUCGACGAUUCGUCUAACAACCAGGGCAGUGGGGCUGGAAUAAUUCUCGAGGGACCGACAGGCUUGGCACUUGAACAAUCUCUUCGCUUCGCUUUCAAAGCCUCGAAUAAUCAAGCCGAAUACGAGGCGUUAUUGGCUGGAUUGAGGUUGGCUUGGGAAGUGGGUGUUCAGAAACUGCUAUGUUGGACCGAUUCAAAAGUCGUUUCGGAACAGGUGAACGAGAACUUUCAGGUUAAAGAUGCGCAACUGUUGAAAUACUAUCACACCUUCCAAAACAUGUGUCAACAUUUUGAGCAAGUGGUGGUGAAACAUACUCCCCGCGAAAACAAUGACAGAGCCGAUCAAUUGGCCAAAUUGGCGACAAGCAAUCGGAAACCGGGACAGCUUCGAACAACUCUUCACUUGGAAAUCUCAACCCCAAGUGUCGAAGCAGUUGAAUGUUUAACAGUCGUCGAGCAGCCAACAACAUGGAUGACCGAUAUACUACGAUUGAUCAUUGAAGGUGUCGAGCCGACAUGCCCUUCGGCAGCCAGAAAGUUGAGAACCCAGGCAGCGAGGUAUUCUGUUAUAGGAGGGGAGCUUUUCCGAAGAGGUGUCUCGUCUCCCCUACUCAAGUGUUUAAACUCAGAAGAGGCUAAUUACGUGCUAAGGGAAGUGCAUGAGGGCAUCUGCGGUUCUCAUUCAGGAGGGAGGACUUUAGCGGCAAAGGUUCUGCGAGCCGGCUAUUAUUGGCCGACACUCAAAUCUGAUUGCAUGGAGUUCGUCAAAAAAUGUAUUCAGUGCCAGAAGCAUGGAAAUUUGAUACAUGCAUCAGCUGAGCAGCUACAUAACAUCACUUCUCCAUGGCCGUUCGCGAUGUGGGGAAUGGAUAUAUUGGGACCGUUUCCACUGGCCAAAGGGCAAUGCAAGUUUCUUCUAGUUGCGGUUGAUUAUUUUACCAAGUGGAUCGAAGCCGAACCUCUUGCAACAAUUACCGCGAACAACUUCGUGGAUCAGAAGCUCAACAAGUUCCUUCAGGAUUUGGGGAUCAAACACCGAUUCACAUCGGUUGAGCAUCAACAAGAAAAUGGCCAAGCUGAAGCGGCUAACAAAGUCAUUCUCUCGAAAUUGAAAAAACGCUUAGGGACAGCCAAGGGAGCAUGGGCCGAUGAGCUUCCCGAAGUAUUAUGGGCGUAUCGUUUCACUCCUCAAUCCACCACACAGGAGACCCCCUUCCGAUUGACAUAUGGUGCCGAUGCGAUGAUACCUGUAGAAGUCGGAGAACCCUCUUUCCGCCGAACACAUUUCAAUGAGCUCUCCAACAAUGCAUCCUUACGGGUAGAAGUUGAUUUGGUUGAUGAGGUACGAGCUAAGGCUCAGAUCAUUGCCGAAGCAUGCAAGCUGAGAAUGACUCGAAGAUUCAAUUCCAAUCUCAUUAGAAGAAAUUUCAAAGAGGGAGACUUGGUGUUGAGAGUGCAAGGAUCGGCAAGACGUAAUCCGAAAGAAGGCAAAUUGGCGGCGAAUUGGGAUGGCCCGUUUCGAGUCCGCCACAGCCUCAACAACGGUGCAUACAAGCUUGAAGAGCUCUCGGGAAAAGUCAUCCCCAGAACAUGGAACGCGUCCCAUUUAAAAGCAUAUUAUAGUUGA